GAGAAUGAUGAUGGGUUGACCUUUGGAAAGUGUCUCACCUAAAAAAACCUGGAGAACAUGGAAGCCAAAAAGGUCCUCCAUUUUGUGCCAUCUGAAACACCAUCUACUGGGAGGUCCAAGAAUGGAUAUGUUUUCCAAGAGAUGGAGCUGCAGGAUGGGGAACAGGAGGACUGUGGGCAAGAUUCACCUCACAAGGGCCACAUCUAUGACAACCAGAUCCAGAUCAGUGUUUCAGAUUCUGAGGGUCCUGGAUUUGGGCUUUUAAAUACAACAAGAAAAUAUGUAAAGCCAAUGAACUUCCAUGAGGAAGUGCGUGCCCACAGAGACCUGGACAGCUUCCUGGCCCAGGCAAGCAUCCUUUUGGAUGAGAAAGCUGCCACUCUGGACGAGGUCCUGAGGCGAAUGCUAACUCACGUGGUGGAGGACGGCCUCGGGAGCUGUGAUGUGAAUGAGGUCAUGAACUCUCUGUUCACAGACGCUGGAGGAAAGGAGUUUAAUGUUCACCUUCUGUCAGAGACCAUUCAGGGUGUGACUGCUACUUCCACUGGCAUUCGAUACCAGCAGUCCUGGCUUUGUAUUCUCUCCAAUGUGAGGAGCCUGCAGAGGCGUCAUGUCUGUGUCACCCGCCUGGAGAGGCCGCAGAACUGGGGAGUCAACUGCUGCGAGGCUCGCUACGUCAUCCUCAUCCUGGCCCCUCCUAGAACUAAAAGCACCAAGACAGCCAUUGAACUGGGAAGAACAUUUGCGACAAUGUUCUCUGACAUUUCCUUCAGACAGAAGCUUCUGGAGGCCAAGACCCAAGAACAGUUCAAACAGGAGCUGGUCUACCAGCGGCAGCAGCUCUCUAUUGUCAACGAGAAGCCUGUUGUAGAGGAAGUGGUGGAUUCAGAUCCACGUAGAGGGAAAAAACUUCAGUGCAAAGAUUUUCUCAAAGCUGGUAAAGGCAUUUAUGAUGACCUCCGUCGAAGACUCCCCCUCUACCCCUCAGACUUCACAGAUGGCAUAACCGGGAAGGACCGCUCUCUGCUGAAGUACACCACCACUGCUAUUUUCCUCUACAUUGCCAUUCUACUGCCUGCUAUUGCUUUUGGCUCACUGAAUGAUGAAAGCACAAGAGGAGAGAUAGAUGUUCAGAAGACCAUUGUUGGCCAGAGCAUUGGAGGAGUUAUCUAUGCUUUGUUUGCUGGCUCACCACUCGUUAUUCCACUGACCACUGCACCACUGGCCAUUUUCAUAAGUGUCAUCAGAGGCAUCUGCGACGACUACGGCCUCGACUUUGAUGCUUUCUACGCCUGCAUCGGUUUAUGGAACAGUUUGUUCCUCAUCCUCGGAGGCUUAUUCAACGUCAGCCUGCUGAUGAAACUCUUCAAACGCUCAACAGAAGAAGUCAUUGCUUUGUUCAUCUCCAUAGCAUUUGUCGGGGAUGCAGUGAAAGGCACCAUCAAAAUUUUUGAGCACUUCUACCAUGGGCCCACACUGGCGACAACAAACAGCACAUUGGUGCUUCAGCAGAUAAAUGAGAUUCUAGAGAAGACAAAAAACCAGACAGGAGGCACGCCUGAGCAUCAUAAUGAGACUGGCUCAUUGUUGGGACAUGCUGAAGGACACGCGUCAGUCUUCCUGCCUGAGUCUUUGGUGUUAUGCACAAGGGAAAGGCCUGUCCUCUGUCUGCUGCUCAUGUUGGGGACUCUGUGGCUGGGCUACGCCCUCUAUCUGAUAAAAAGGAGCCCGUAUCUGAAUGACAAAAUCAGAGAGGUGGUGUCUGACUGUGCUUUGCCUAUCUCUGUGGUGAUAUUCUCCUUCAUUGGCUCCUACCUUUUCCUUGACAUACAGCUCCCUGUGUUCAGUGUCCACGAUGGCCCGAUCUUCAACUUCCCUCCAUUUGAAAAGCUGACAGGAAUGAACACACUGAGUGCGGUUGGGCUGGGUUUUCUCCUUGCAUUGCUCAUCUUUAUCGACCAGAAUAUUGUCAUCUCACUCACACAUGUACCAGAACACAAGUUGCUAAAAGGCACAGCGUUCCACUGGGACUUAAUGCUGACUGGCUUCAUCAACAUCCUCAUGUCCUGUCUGGGGUUGCCAUGGAUGCAUGCUGCCUUCCCACAUUCCUCCCUACAUGCCCGUCAGCUGGCCAAAGUGGAACAGCACGUAGAGAAUGGGCACCUCUACACGACUAUCGUCAGUGUGAAGGAAACACGACUGACUGCCCUGGCAGCCAACAUCCUAAUCGGCCUGUCUGCCUUCAUGCUGCCCAUUCCUCUGCAGUGGAUCCCCAAGCCUGUCCUCUACGGCCUCUUCCUCUACAUCGCAGCCACUUCACUUGAUGGGAACCAGAUGGUGGACCGCAUGGCCCUGCUGCUCAAGGAACAGACAUCGUAUCCUCCAACCCACUACAUCCGCCGUGUGCCUCAGAGGAAGGUCCACUACUUCACAGGGUUGCAGAUGAUCCAGCUGAUCAUCCUGUGUGCGUUUGGGAUGUAUCCUCUGCCCUACAUGAAGAUGGUCUUCCCCCUCCUCAUGAUCCUGCUCGUCCCUGUCAGGACCAGUCUGCUUCCCAAAGUAAUUGACGCCAAGUAUCUGGAUAUCAUGGAUGCCCAGCACAUGUAGAAGAACGCAGCAACAUUAUGAAAAGAUUCAUUUUUUUCUGCAUUGGAAGGGAAACAGACUCAGAACUCAGUGACUGUGUUAAAAGCUGUAUGAAAUGCAUUUGGACUGCAAGAUUUCAAUGCAAGCACCCUGCUAGUGACCAGAUGACCAUUUACACCUCUCAUUUCCUUUCUCACCGUUGUGCACAAAUUUUCCAUCAGUGUAGUUUGACUUUAUUAUGAAAAAUUCCCACAUCUUUAAUGCAUUUAACAAUAUAGUCAUGACGGUGUUUUGUCUGAUUUACCUCUUUUUUUUCACUCACGCACACGUAUCUGUGGUCACGGACAGGUGCACAUUUUUUUUGCGUAUAAAAAAAGUUAAUAAUUUGAUUUAAUUUAGGCAUCAUGUUAUUUGAUAGAGAGCUGCUUGGCCUGUGUCCUACCUGACUUCAAAGUGUGAUGUUGAUGGGGUGAAUAGCAAAAUCAGUAAUUACACUACUGUAGAAAAUCCAUGAAUCAUUUAACUGAGUGAAAAGGAAUUUCUCACAGUUGAAAACAUGCAAAAUGAAGUGUCACCUCACACUGGUUUUAAUUCAAGGCACUAAAGUCAGUUAUUGUAAGAUACGUUACAAUUAUUCAUAUGAGAAAAACUGUUAGUUUCAUUUUGUGUAGACACAUAACAUGAUGAAGUAUGUUAUUAUUAAAUGUAGUAGGUUCUGUGCAUUGCAGUGUUGGGAUUAAAUUAAACUGCUGGGAAACAA